AUGGCGAACCCACUGUUAACUUUCUCGCAAGGGCCUCCUAGGGACAUGCCCUACCACACACUCAGCACAAAUUAUGGCCUCUCAUACAACUGCCGGGACCUCUACAACCGCAUCAUCAAUGCGGCCUCUCUCGAACAUGUCCUCGGAUCCCACUAUGAUGGAUUUUCCCUCCAGAAGGAGGGCCCAGAGGAUAGCCCUAUUGACCCGUAUGUCCCCAUACUUCUAACGGCACUCUCUGGACACAAAGGGGUCGAGACGAUCUUCCUCACUGACGUGAACUGGCGUUCCUUUCCAUCCCGCCAGGCGUGGCAUGCCUCCAUCACCGCCUUCCCCAACGUCACUUAUUUGAUCUUGACUUCCAUCUCACUCCUUGCCGAAGAGUUAUGCUCCUUCAUUCGUUCAGCCCCACUACUGCAAAACCUAGAAAUUCAUAUGUGUACCAUCACCAAUGACUUCCCAUCGCAAACGCUCAGUGCCAUCCCUGCCCGUACAGUCAUGGCUAACCAGCAAGGUCCCCAGAUCCUAAGUCUGGACAUCACUGUUGGUGAAGACUGCGAUACCAUUGUGGACUUCUUCAACCAGCCCUGGUCCCCGUUGUCAUUUCUCUACUUCGGAGAUCUCAAAAUCUCGGGAAAGGGUAUGGCAGGUGGUAAGGACAUCGCCAAAGAGAUCGCAAGAUUGGUCGAUAUCUCGGUUCCUAGUAAGCUGGAUGUAAAUUGCGCCAACUUUUACUGUUUUGCCGACGCACCGUCUAUUUCUAUCGGGUGGACCGAAGUAAGGCAGCUCGAGAUCGUUCUGCCCCUUGAUGGCGCAAACGACUUCCAACGCACUAGUGACUGCCUCCAGUGGUGGACGUCCUCCCUCAAGCUAGUUCCACGGAACAACAAGAUUGUCGAUAUAGUCAUUCAUGUUGAGGCCGAGCUGGAGUCUAUUACUUACCUUCCCUCGGGGAUGAGUAUGAUUCCAUGGAUCGCCUUCGACGAGGCUCUGUCUGAUGGGAAAUUCAAGCUGAAUGGUGCAUUCUCUGUUGCCAUGGGGACGUGGUGCACUUCCAGGCCAUUCGACGGCGAGGUUUAUGAACGCUGGCUUGAAUCUAAUGCUCUACCAAAGUCUUUUGAACGACACACAGGUGUUUGCUAUCGACAACGUGGUUAA